CCUACGAAUUGUAGCUGGUGCUAUGGUCAGAUGAGAACAAUUGAAAAAAUAUUGACCAGAGGCUUUGACAGGAUAAUAUUGUCCUUUAGGACCAGGUUUCUUUCUCCACCAGUACGACUACGAGUUCACCUUGAUACGCAAAAAAUAGAUGGUUUUAUGAAUAGGGCUCCACCAAACCAUUCUAACUAAUGGGAGGUUGCUGGUGAGUUUAAGAACUCCCCAUUCAGCUUUCAUAGAUGGUAGAGUCUGGAAACUUGCAGGUUAAAAUGCAGAGAACUUUGCAGGACAGAUGAAGAGUUUGUUAUGAGCCAGCUGACAGCUCAGUUAGAAAAAGGCCAGUAGAUUGAAGGAUGGUUCUAUCUGUAAAGUUAUACAAAGACCAGCACUAUUCAGCUUUAAAAAAAGACUGCCUUCAGCACCAGCGGCUGUUUGAAGACCCUUAUUUUCCUGCAACAACUGAGUCACUGUUCUACUCCAAGUCUCCUCCAGGACCAAUUGAGUGGAGACGACCGCAGGAGCUGUGUGAAUCUCCUCGGCUAUUUGUCGAUGGAAUCAGUUCACAUGAUCUGAAUCAAGGACAGUUGGGGAAUUGCUGGUUUGUGGCUGCUUGUUCCUGUUUAGCCCUGAGGGACAAUCUGUGGCAAAAGGUAAUUCCAGAUUGGAAGAAACAGGACUGGAGCCCAAAAAAGCCAAAUAAUUAUGCUGGCAUCUUCCACUUUCGAUUUUGGCGCUUUGGUGAGUGGAUAGAUGUUGUGGUCGAUGAUCGCCUUCCAACAAUGGAUGAGAAACUCCUGUUUUGUCACUCUAGUUCUAAAGAGGAGUUCUGGAGUGCGCUCCUGGAGAAGGCAUAUGCAAAGCUGGCAGGAUGCUAUGAAGCCCUGGAUGGAGGCAACACAGGUGAUGCAAUCGUUGAUUUCACUGGCUCAGUAGCAGAGAGCAUUGAGGUCAAAAACACAAAAGACAGUAUCCAAAGGCACAAGCUGUUUGAAAAGCUGUUGAAAGUGUACAACAGAGGAGGGCUAAUCAGCUGUUCUAUCCAUCAGAUGGAACCUGUCAGCAUUCUGGAAAUAAGCAAGUUGCAAGGAUUGAAGGCUGAUCAUUCAUAUUCAGUGACAAAAGUGCAGAAGGUUCGACUGGGCAACACAGCAGAUAAACUGUCGAUGAUCAGAUUGAGGAACCCUUGGGGUAAAGGCGAGUGGUUGGGCCCAUGGAGUGAUAAUUCUAAGGAGUGGCAGAAGAUUAGCAAGAAGGAGCGUAAAAUAAUUGGUACCGACCUUAAGAAUGAUGGAGAAUUCUGGAUGGCAUUUGAAGACUGGUAUAAAUACUUCACCAAUGCAAUAGUUUGUCGAAUAAUAAACACCUCUUACCUGAGUAUUCGCAAGACAUGGGAUGAAGUGAUACUCCGUGGGGCUUGGAGUAGACACGAAGGCCCACUACUGAACCGUGCAGGGGGUUGUACGAAUUUCCGGGAUACAUUCCUGCAAAAUCCACAGUAUGUGUUUGAUAUCACGAAGAAGGAGGAUGAAGUGCUUAUUUCCAUCCAGCAGAGAGAUAAACGGAUUCACAGGAAAGAAGGCAAUGGAAAGAAUCUGACCAUUGGUUUCGGUAUCUUCAAGGUAGAACUCAACCGAGAGUAUAGAUUGCACAGUCCAUAUCAGAAAGUGUCUGGGUCAAUCUACAUUGAUAAACGAAGUAUUUCUCUGCGAACAUGCCUGAAAAAAGGUCGUUACGUCAUCAUCCCGAGUACCUUCGAGCCAUAUGUGGAGGGCGAAUUCCUUCUGAGGAUCUAUACAGACGUGGUGUCUAGAUGCAGGGAGCUGACCCUUGACAAACCAGAAGUGACAUGUUGGAACAUUAUUAUUCGUUAUCCACGGAUUGUUACAAAGGUCCACCUUCACAGUGCGACAGAUCUGCCAAAACAAAAUUCCUCUGGAGGAGCAGAUGCAUAUGCGGUUUUUAAAUGUGAACAUCACAAAAUCUCUACAGCUAUUUUUGAAGACACGCUGAAUCCUCAAUUUGAUACCAAUGCCAUUUUUUACAGGAGAAACCCCAAGCUCCCAAUAAUCAUUCAGAUCUGGAACAGCAACAAAAUAUGUGAUACAUUAAUUGGUGAGGUGACCCUUGAAGAAUCCCAAGAUAACUCUAGCAGACAGCAGAUCCUGCAACUUCAGACAAAGGACAGACAGGAAAGUGAAAUGCCAAGCUACAUCACCAUCACUGUCACCAGCAGCAACAACCUUGCGGCAUUUUGAAAAUGAAGAAUGUCAAAAUAACAUUGCUGCAGAGCAGAAUUUUAUCCACAUUCUUUUGUUUCUUUGUAACAGUUUGAAAAUUUGAAGAGCUACAUGAAAGAAAUGUGUUUGCACACUUUUCCCACUCUCUCCCCAAUGACAAUCCCAAAAAGAAAAUAAUUCCAAAUUUACCAUAGUUUAAGAGAAUAAAUAUCAGUAUUAAUUAUCUUGAGAUAGCAGUGACCAAAAGUUUACACUUUUUAUUAUAAUCUGUCAGUUUAUAAUUAUUAUUAGUUCAAAAGAAUUUCACAAAAUGAACCUGUAUAAGCAGGCAUGAUUGUGAAAGGCAUGCAUCCCUAAUUUCCUAUAAAAAUGUCAUAUUUCUGAUCCUUUCUCAGUGUCAAUUACAUGUUAUCUUCUGAAGGAGAUUAAUAAGCUUACUCCGAAACUGAUUUAAUAUGUUAUAAAUAUGUUAAACUUUUGAGUCAACUGUACCUUCUACCUUUUUGGAUUUUAUUUCUUGUGACUCCUUUCAUCUAAUUUGAUGGUGAAUCUUAAUGUUAAUCGAAGCUAAUAUACACGGCUCUUUAUCUGUUUAUAGCCAUCAAGUGCAUGAGCAUUUCAUAGAAGCUGGAUAACUGUCUCUUCGAUUUGGACACCUUUCAAGCACAGAAUGAGUCAGCAUCUGUUGGAAAAGACUUAAUUCACAGUUAGGAAUAAUGAAUUGAUCAGCAUUUAUGAUUGGACUCACAUUAAUCAAACUAGUAUACUUUAUCUUCACAUAGAGCAUAUAGUGUAAUAGAAUUGUAGAGACUACAAUCAGAUCAGUCUUAAUCUUAUCAAAACGUGCAGCAGACAUGAAGGCCAAAUAAUCUAUUCCUGCUCCUAAUGUGUAUGCUCAGAUAAUAAUACAAACUAAGGAGCAUACAAAAUAUUUUGAAUGCAAAGUAGGAAGAUUAUGCUUCAGUCACACAGAGGAUUACUGAGACUGCAUUUGGAGCACUUAACACCGUAUUGUUCACCUGAUUUAAAGAAGGAUGUGGAUGUAUUGGAAUCAGUUCAGAGAAAGUUUAUCAGACUAAUACCGGGAAUGAGUGGGUUGUCUUGUAAGGAAAUGUUAGACAGGAUAGGCUUGUACAAACUGGAGUUUAGAAUAGUUGGAAGUGAUGACUCAAACAUAAAAGAUUAGGAGGAGUCUUGACAGGGUAGGUGUGGAGAAGAUGUUUCCUCUUGUGAAAAUAUAUAGAACUAGGACUCAGCAUUAAUUUUGUUUCCAUCUACAUAGACUUUCAAGGCCCAUAACUGGUAGCCACUUUCAACCCAGCAUUGAUGCCCAUGGCGCACCACUCAUUAUAUCUUGUCAACUUGAAAAAGACCCAUUUACACCUACCUUGCUUCCUGUUAGCCAGCAAGCCUGUUAUCCCAACUAUCAUGAGUUUUUAUUUUCCAUGAUAACUUUUAAGCUGGAACUUUUUCAAAUGGCUUCUAGGAAUGUAAAUGCAGUACAUGCAUCAGUUCCCCAUCUCUAUAACAAAGUACUUCCUCAAAGCACGCCAAUAGAUUUGUCAAACAUGCCUUCCCUUUCACAAAACCAUCUUGACUUGCACAAUUACAGUGAAAACCAAGUGCCCUGUCACAAAGUCUUUAAUCAUAACUUCUAGCAUUGUCCCUAUGACAGAUGUUUAUCUAAUGCGUCUGUAAUUUUCUGCAUUCCACCUACCUCCUUUUUUGAAUAAGAGUUAUAUUUGCUAUUGUCCAAUGGGACUAUGCCCAAAUCAAGGAUGUUUUUGAAAUUUAAAACCAUGCAUCAACUAUUUCGCUAGCUACGUCUUUUAAGACCUAUGGAUUAAGUCCUUCAGGACAGGAGCACUUGUCAGUCCAUUGUUCCAACAAUGUACCAAAUGCCAUUUCUCUGGUAAUUGUGAUUUUUCUGACUUCCUCUAUCUCUUCCAUUUAUUGAUUUAUCGCUGUUUCUGGGAAAUAACUUCUAUCAUAUGUAUUACUUAUGUAGUGAAGAUAGAAACAAAAUAACUAUUCAAUUCGCCUGCCAUGUCCUUAUUUUCCAACAUUAAUUCUACAGAUUCAGAUUCUAUUGGAAGAAAAUUUGUUUUUAUUAACUCUUCUUUUAAACAUAUCUAUAGAAACUCUUACCAUCUGUUUAUAAAUUUAUGGAUAACUUUUGUACUCUAAUUUUCCACUAUUAAUUUUUUAGUCAGUUGAGUUUCUGGCAACAUAUUGGAUGCUGACGAUGGGUUUCAGUGAAGGUAAUGCUACUGAAUGUCUAGGAGAAGCAGUUAGUUUCUCCCUUGUUGGAGAUGGCCAUUGCUUGGCAUUUGUAAGGCACAAUGUUGCUUGUUACUUUCUUUUCUAUAUCUUUUACAAUGCAUUAACAUAAAAGUAGCUUUGAAGGUACUUUAUUUUCAAAUGCAAGCAUUGAAGAUUGUAACUGGUCAUUUCUAGAUAGAUGGUUUGCAUUUUAUCUGUUGUGACGUGAAGAAAUCUAGUUUAUAGCCUUGGAGACUAUCUAGUUUAUAGACUUGGAAACAAAGCUGUAAAGGAUAUCUACUGGAUCAAUUUACUACAAUAUAUUACCACAUAAAUAUUACUUUCAGUUUUGCAAUAGAUCUUAGGUACCUUAUUUGUUUUAGAAGAAAAACAUUUGAACAGAUGAAUUAAUGAAACAGCGCACAUUUGAAUCGCAUAGGAAAUAUAAAGAAGCAUCACAACUUAGUCAACAAAAUCACAUUGUAAUGAUUUCAAAUAUUUAGUAAAUUCUUCUACCUUUCACAUAAUAAAAGUUUAAUGUCAAGUGAAAAUCAGCAUAAUAUACAUAGAAAAGAAAAAUAUUUUUUAAUAUAUCAGAAUAUAAGGACUUUGGUUAACAACUUGGAACAGCAACAAUGACCCAUCCAUUUCAACGAAUGAGAGAGUGUUCUGUAAAGGCAUUCAGUGGUAUCAGGCUGAUUAAUUUAAAAUCAGAAGAUCCUUGGCUCAAUUCCUUCGUUGUGUUAGUGAAUUUCAGCAAAGUAAUAAGGAGGGGAAUAGAUGCUGCCUCAGCAUACCUUGUUAAGAUGAAACAAAAUGAGCCAGGUUCUUACUCACCACUACUCAUGGAGUCCUUUCAGAAUGUGUGGUGAUUUGCUGCAAUGUCCCUCUACGUUAGCGGUAUUAUUGUUUCAGCUUCGCCAUAAAGAAUAACCAGUUGCAUAAAUAACUAAAGAGGUGCACCUGUCUUUGAAACCAGAGUUGUAGCCUUCAUGAUAUUUAAGGGAGAAUUAAAGUGAAGAAAAUUGACAAACGAAAUAGAAGGUAGCUCCAAACGAACUACAUGAGCCUUUUUAUUGAUGUGACAUUUUAAACUCCCUAUGCUGUUUUACAAGGUACUUGUGGAUAUUAUCAUUUGUGUCAAUUUGACAAGGUACAAAUGUUUGAAGAUGUUGUGAUCCUAUAGGACUCCCUUCAAUGAAAACUUGAAGGCAAUCAGUCUGGGAAUUUAGCUGCAGGAAGCCUUAGCAAACUGGAGAGGUCAGAGAUAAAUCAAUAAUACAGGGCUCUUGAGCUCUUGCACUCAGUUACACUCGUGGAAAACCUAUAAAUCAAUCUGGAUUGGACCUUUCCAUGGACGUACUUUCUGCUAAACACCAAAAAAUUAAAACUCAUAUCAUUUAGAAAGCAUCCAUCUGUAAACUUAGAAAAUUCAAAUAGAAUCAAAAUAAUCUAUUUUAAUGCAAAAAUAGCAAUUGCAACAUUGAUACAUUUAAAAUGUAAACAUAAUAUACUUAAGUUUUAUGGUCUAGAAAUCAGAAGGUCCUGUUUUUGGAUGCAGGGGUUACAAUUUGCAACCAUCCCACAUCCAUUAGAAAGUGAGUAAAAGUCACCAUUGUUCUUUCUCUCUAGGGAAAGCUGACUGGUCAUGGUGAGGUUAUCCUGAGGAUCACCAUAUCAUCACAUCACAGUACAUUUCAUGCUCACAACCCGACCAAUUUCUUCCACUGUUCAAUCUACCACAACUCUAUCAUUUACCCAGCAGCACGUCAUACACGGCCCUCACCCUCACACACUUAGCAGUGCUCUCAGCAUCACAUGUGCAUCUAACCACCUCAGCAAAAACCGAAAGAACUGCAGAUGCUGUACAUCAGAAAUGAAAACAGAAGUUACUGGAAAAGGUCAGCAGGUCUGGCAGUAUCUGUGAAGAGAAAUCAGUGUUAACAUUUUGGGUCCAGUGAUCUUCCUUCUGAGGUUUUUGUUUCUAAUCACCUCAGCAAGUCUGCAGGGAUUUACACUGGUAGGCUAUAGCAUAGUGUCACACAACUCAAAGACAGUCUUGCAGAGGAGGGCCACAACAUUAGAAAAUUAGAGAACUGGUGGGGCCCAACACAACCUAUCCACCUUCUCCUUAUAACUCAAAUCUUCAAGUCUUGGUAACAUCCAUGUAAAAUGUUUUUUGCACCCUUUCCAGUUUAACAACAUCGUUCAUAUAGCAGAGCAACCAGAAUUGUACACAGUAUCUAAAUGUGGCCUCCUCUCCCAGGGAAACAGCAUUCAUGCUCCAAUAUUGUUACUUUACCAAUGAACUGGCUAUUGCUGUUCAACUAGCCAGCCCAGACUUCUCCCACUCGUGCCAAGGUGCAGCAGUCUAACCUUGUGCCAGUAGGGUCUAAAUGUCUGCCUUACUAAAAGGCUGCUUGUUUCCACCAGCCAUGUUGCUGCCAGAGGAGUGCGUAAAGUAUUAGGACAGACAAAAGCAUCUACAAGUCAAGCAUUAAGGGAAUGCACAACAGGGAAUUGUUUUUAGAAUUGGAUGUGUUGCUGUAUAAAAGAUGUUUUGUGAAAGUUUUUGAUAGAAAACCCUAGAGUGUGGGAAAGGCCCUUUGGCCAAACAAGUCUAUACCGACUCUCCAAAGAGUAUCCCACCCAGACCCAUUCCCCUACUCCAA